AUGUUAGUUACUGCGAAUCAUUGGGCUUCAUCUGCUACGAUUAAUAUAACAAGAAACGAUAUACACCCUCCGACUGGCACUAACAAUAGUAGUUUACCGUAUUCAACAUAUACUGAACCAAUGUGGGCUACUUUAUCAUUAAUUAUAAUUAUUUUAUUUACUGUUUGUGGUAACAGUCUCGUUUGUAUUGCUGUUAUACGUGAAAGACAUUUACAAAAUACGACUAACUAUUUUUUAACAUCACUUGCAUUUACUGAUUGUAUGGUGGCAUGUCUUGUUAUGCCACUAGCUGUUACUGUUGAACUUAUUGGACAUUUUCCAUUUAAUGCAUUAGCCUGUAAUGUUUGGUUAACAUUUGAUGUUUGUUGUAGCACAUCUUCAAUAUGGCACAUGAGUGUUAUGUCACUCGAUCGUUAUCUCACUUUGAGAUAUCCGCUAAAAUAUGGAAGAAAUAAACGACGAAGUUUAAUGGCUUAUAAAAUCAUAACAAUAUGGUUAAUAUCAUUUGCUAUUUGUUUGCCAUUAUUUAUUCUCGGUUUAGUUGAUUCAUCAAAUGUAUACGAUGAAAAAACACGUGCAUGUUUUCCGGCUCAUAGAACAUUUAAAAUUUAUGGCUCAUUCGUCGCUUUUUUUAUUCCAUUGAUUAUUAUGAUUGUUACAUAUGCAUUAACAAUGAGUGCAUUACAACAAGCAUAUUCAACAAAAAAGAAGCGGCAUACAAGACGACAAAAAAUGCAUGCUGUAAUUAAUUUAGCGGCAAUCGCAAUGCGAUGGAAACGAGCUGUUAAUAACGAACCGAUUGAUGAACAAAAAGAUUCUAUUCAAUCCACGUUAACAAGAUCUAAACAAAAAAUUCAACCAUUAAAUGUUGUAUCUGCACCAAUGAAUUAUCAACGUAAACGUGCCGCAUCACUACUUGCUAAUGAGCAAUAUUCAUCCGGUAAUAAACAUCUAUCAAAACAAAUGUUUGUUUCAAAUUAUCGUCUUAAUGAAGUUUUAAAACCAUUAAAACCAAUUACAUGGUAUAAACGACGAGAAAAACAACUUCAAUCAUUGCCUGAAAGAUCUAUUGAACAAUCAUCUCCAUCCUCAGAUCAUCAUCUUGAUACUGAGUCUUCUCUUGAUUUCAAUUCUCAUGUAAAACGUUCUCAUUCAUGUACACCAUUACUCGAUGUUAAACAUGGUCGAAACGAUCGUCGGCGUAGCUCAUCAGUUCAUGCAUUACUUCAAAUACGUCGAGAUUCAGCUAAAAUCAGUGAAGAAUUUGCUAAUUUAGCAGCACAAUUAUCUGCAGCAAUGAAUAGUCAAAGUUUACCAAUUGACCGAUCGUCACUUUCUGUUCCUCGUAGUGUACGAGUCUGUUAUAGUUCAACACCAACCAUUGAUCACUUACUUGUUGCAACAACUAUGCCUCAACCAAACUCUAUUCCAAGUCCGUAUCUUACUGUUGAAUCCAGUACUACGUUUGUUAGUGACCACGAACAACAACAACAACAGCGUGGCCGUGCCCAUAGUACAGAUAUUCGUUUAUCAUCACUAGAGAAGGAUGAUGAUAAAAUAACUAUGAAUAAUGGUGUAACUAUUCCAAACCUUCUUAUUACACAUGAUAGUAUACACAAUUUACCAGUGGAUAUAAAUACUACUACUAUUAAUAAUAAUAAUAAUAAUAAUAAUAAUAAUAGUUCAACAAAACUUAAUGUUAAUCAUAAUCAUGAACCGUUUACUCGUCGUCUUACAUCGCCAUCGAAGCUACAAAAUACGUGUCAACGUAUUAAAGAUUGGAUUACAAUUACGACAUUUUCAACAUCGCUUGAUCAUGAUGUAGCUGUAAAACAACGUUGCGUAUCAGAUACAACUGCGACAGAAAGUACGCCGAUGCUAUCAGGACCAAAACACUAUUCACUUAAUUUUCCAUUUUCAAAUCUUGCACGCUAUUUCCCUCGUAUUGAACAAUUAUAUGGACCAACAUCAGCGCCAAAUUCAAAUUAUUGUCCACAACAACAACAGCAGCAGCAACUGUUACUUGUUGAUGAUUGUGUUGCAUCGGUUCAUAAUUUUGCUGCAAUGGAACGAAGUAGUUUGAUUUCAAUAACUUCAUCGACGCUCACAACUCGAGUUCUUCAUGCUCAGAGGCCAAGUCUUUCGUCGUCAGCUGGUUCAUCAUCUCAACAAGGUCCUCGAAAACAUCCACCACGUCUUCACGAUGAAAUGUCUCAAGCUAGUUUUCAAAUGGUUUCAUUAGAUACCGAAGAUUCAUCGUCUGGUUCGUCAAGUCUUACACAUCAAUCAACAAAUAUACAAGCGGUCAUGACGGGUGCCAUUACUUCAAAGUCUCCGUCAGCAACUAGAAAACAUCCCACAUUUAGAAACCUAACGAAAAGCUCAGCUACUAAUGAACGUAAAGCAAUGCGUGUUUUAUUAAUUAUAUUUUCCAUAUUCGUCAUCCUAUGGACCCCAUUUUUUACUAUUAAUCUUCUAUCAUGUUUUAUCUCCAACAUUCAUCCAACUUUUAUAUCCGUUGCAACAUGGCUUGGCUACUGUUCAUCGGGCGCCAACCCAAUCAUUUAUACAAUAUUCAGUCGAGCGUUUCGUCGUGCAUUUGUUAACAUAGUGGCAUGUCGAAAAACGAUUAGUUCACAUCGUUCACAAAUGAUUAGUCCAUCAUAUCAUUCUAUGACAAUGUCAGUUGCUCGAAAAACGUCGACAGUUAGUAAAGGGCAAACUGAUGUACACUAA